ACAUGGUUGCAGAAUAAACUUGCAGACAUCUGACUCCCUUCUCCUUGGCCUCUGAUGAUUUUCUUUACUGGAAAUGUUCUGCUUCUAGGGGAAUAGGUGACAGACCUUGCAUUGCUUCAGAUCUGAUUGUCCAUCCAAAGCUGCUGCAUGAGAGAGUAGGAGGGAACUGGAGCAGAAGCUCAGCACAACUCUGCCUUUCUGUAAACUGUUUGCUAGGAGGCUGCGGGCUGGGCUUCUUUCUGACUUGGUGGCACAGAUCACUAGGACGACAGCGGCACAGGGUAUUGCCUCAUAAGUCAGGCUGCUGGGCCCCCCUUCAUCUGCUGGCAGCAACAGACAUGGAAACAAAGUAACACAGGACCAGACGUCUGCCUGCACCUCACUAAACAUCACUUUGACGUGCCCUGUGUCACCAUCUAUUGUGCCAACAUGAAAGACGACUUUGCUGAAGAAGAGGAGGUACAGUCGUUUGGAUACAAGAGGUUUGGUAUACAAGAAGGAACACAAUGUACAAAGUGUAAAAAUAACUGGGCACUGAAGUUUUCUAUCAUACUGCUGUAUGUUCUGUGUGCGCUGCUAACCAUCACAGUGUCUAUACUGGGAUACAAAGUUGUAGAAAGAAUGGAUGGGGUUACUGAUGACAUGGAACUGUCACACAGGGGCUACUCAAAGCAACUUUCAGAUGUGGAAGUGAAUUUGAAGAAAUUAGAUGAUCAAGCGGGAUUAAAAUCCAUCUCUACCAGUAGUGAGCUUUCAAGCGUCAGGUCAGACAUUGCCACCAUACGCCAGCAACUGCGAGAAAUCAGCGAGAAAACAACUCGAAAUAAAGACACCUUAGAAAAGUUGCAGGAAGCUGGAGAUUUACUAGAUGCCAAGCAAAGCCAAAUGAAAACUGUGCUGGACAACAACUCUUUAAUGAUCAAUGGUCUCAAUCACACUUUACUGGCUUAUAAUACCUAUGUCUCCAGCUUACAGCAGGAUACAAACAGCCUACAGACAAGCCUGCAAAACCAAAUGCAGUUGAGUAGUGUAAUCAUCAUGAAUAUCAGUAACCUAAAUGUCACCCAGAUUCAACAGAGGACUGCCAUAAGUGCACUGCAGAGAUCUGUUGAUGACACGAGUCAAGCUAUUCAAAGAAUCAAGAAUGAUUUUCAAAGUUUGCAGCAAGCUGUCCUCCAGACUCGGAAAGACACCGAAUGGCUCAAAGACAGAGUACAAAACCUGCAGAAUAUCGCUGCAAAUAAUACAGCUUUGGUGAAAGCCAACAACGACACUCUGGAAGACAUGAGCAGCCAAUUAAAUAAUCUUGGAACACAAAUUGACAACAUCACAGUGAUUGCACAAAGUAACGAACAAAAUCUCAAGGACCUUCAGGAUUACCAUAAACAGUAUGAAAACAGAACCAAUUCCAAGAUUAGUCUUUUAGAAGAGCGUUUUCAGAAAUUUGAAGUAGAUAUAGUAAGCAUUAUUAGCAACAUUAGUUACACUGCUCUUCAUCUAAGGACGCUGACUAGCAACCUCAAUGAUGUGAGGACAAGCUGUACUGAAAUACUUAGUAAGCAUACAGAUGAUCUAGUGAAUUUGAACAACUCUCUAAGCAACAUGCAGAUAGACACAACUUCUCUUAGGAUGCAGCAAGAUUUAAUGAGAAUGAGAUUAGAUAACGAAGUUGCCAAUUUAUCGAUUAUUAUGGAAGAAAUGAAAGUGGUGGAUUCAAAGCACGGACAGCUUAUCAGGAACUUCACUAUUUUACAAGGACCUCCUGGUCCCAGAGGACCUAAAGGUGAAAGAGGGUCUCAAGGAUUUUCUGGGCCUAUUGGACCAAAGGGACAGAUGGGAGAAAAGGGAGAACCAGGGCCACCUGGUCCUGCAGGUGAAAAAGGGCCACCUGGACCCAUUGGCCCUCCAGGAGAAAAGGGUUCAAAAGGCUCAAGAGGUUCACAAGGCAACAAGGGACAGAGAGGGUCUCCAGGAAAACCUGGCGAAGUUGGGCCAAAAGGAGAUCCAGGGCCUCAAGGACCGCCUGGAAAUAAUGGAAUACUUGGGCCUUCUGGUCCACCAGGACCACAGGGGGAGAAAGGAGUCAAUGGGGAACCUGGAGCCGCAGGAAUUAGAGGGGCACCUGGACCUCCAGGAUUACCUGGAUUACCUGGUAUACCUGGACCUAGAGGUCCUCCAGGACCUCCUGGAGAUUUGGGAAGUUCUUUAGCAUUACACCAGGCUCCUUCAGCGGAAGUUAUGCUUGAACCAGUGGUGACUGGUUGCCCUCUGGAGUGGAAGAACUUUUCUGAUAAAUGCUACUACUUCUCAACUGGAAAGGAUAUAUUUGAUGAUGCCAAACUUAUCUGUGAAGAAAAGGGAGCUAUGUUAGUUGUGAUUGAAACCCAAGCAGAGCAACAAUUUUUGAAAAAACAAACAAGUGGAAAAGGAAACUUCUGGAUAGGCCUCACAGAUGCGGAGGAAGAGAGUGUAUGGAAAUGGCUGGAUGGUACCAUUCCAAACUACAAAAACUGGAAGGAAGGACAACCUGACAAUUGGUCCCAUCAAACUGGACCAGGAGAAGAUUGCGCUGGGUUAAUAUAUUCGGGCUUGUGGAAUGACUUUCACUGUCAAGACUACAAUAACUUUAUUUGUGAGAAACCUAUUGAUUUAACUCAGGUACCUGAAGUCUCAUAGCUUCUGAGAGGCCUACGGUGCACAGAAUGCCAAGAUUAAUUGGAAGAACAACCUGUACACCACAUAAUAUUCUGGACAAUGGAUGAUAACAUUGCAACAAUUUAAUGGACCAAAGAGUGAUUUGAGGACUACUAGAAAUUCAGUGCCAGGAUUUCUUUUUUACGCUGCCAAGAACUUUGGAGCAGACUGUGGGUUCAGAGCACUGAGAGAAAGCUACCGAUAUCUUUGGAAAUGUUUCAUUCCCUACCUGAAAUAUAUUGACUGCAUUUGUUCUAUUCCAUAUGUAUGCAGUACUAGCCUUUGGAAUUAUGAAAUAUUUCAAGAUAUUUUUAUUCAAAUAAGUUUCUCUUGGUAAAUUUCAAAAUGCCUUAUAGAGAAUUAAACAAUACAGGUAUAUAAUGCAAUUGUUUUUAUCAGAAUAUAGUUUUUAAAGCUUUUUAAAACAUUGUAUUUUUGUACAAAAUACUACCAUGUUAUAUUUUUUUUACUCGUAUAUUGGAAUACCGCCACCACAGAAAACAACAAUGGUACAUACAUUAUUCAUACAGUAAUCAACUAGUCAAGGAAGAAUGUUAGCAAAAAUAUGUAUUUCUCAUAAGCUGACCUUUUUAUAUUUUCAUAUUUUCCUCUUUGUCAUUGUAUGUUAUGUUAAUAUGGUCACUUCCACACAGGUUAAAGCUGUUAGGCCAAGAGCAGAACUUCCAUGCUUUAAAUGGUGUGUUGUCAAACUGGUUUUCUCUGAAGAUCCUGACAGAACCAGAGAACAACAUUAGAUGCAAGAUUCCCAUCAGCUUUGUCUCUAUGCUGACCAAUCAUUUAGGUGAGGAACAGAACUUGGACUGACUUCCCAUCUUGCUCUUGGUCCUCACUGAACAAGUGGAGAUAAUGCCAAAGUUACACUUUUAAGAUACAGUUUCACCUGUGGAACACUCACUUCCUGCACUUUGCCAUUGUCAGCCAUUUUUUAAUCCUUUGACCCUUUGGAAUGAAUGUUGAAUAGUGUAGUGCUGGAGUUUUCUUUUUACAAAGAUGUCAGUAAAAACUACAUUCAAACUAUAGAAA